UAUAUGCUCCAUAGUGUCUUUUUUUCAUUAUCUAAAACAAUUUUUGGGGGAUACACUUAUUUUAUUCAGUAAACAAUUUUAACAAAAUGAUUCAGUUAAAAUUACAUUCAAUUAUUUAUUUGAUUUUAAUUAAAGGAUUUAGUGCCCAGAUUGUAGAUUCGGAACCAAAUGAUAAAGACGAUAAUGAUAAAUGUACUAUUUGCAUGGUAAAUAAUAAUACUAUAAUUAUUACAAAUUGUGGUCACAAAUUAUGUGACAAUUGUGCUCUAAAUAUUCGAAAAAAAUCUCAAAAAACUUAUGGUGAAAUUCCUGUAUGUCCAUAUUGCCGAGCUCAAAUGAUAGAAUUUACAAGAGAAGGAAAUGAGUUCAAGGAUUUAUUACCCUAUAUUGAUGAUGGUGAAUGCAAAAUUUGUUUAUUAAACAGAGGUGUAUCAUUACUAAGUCCAUUUUGUGGGCACAAGUUAUGUUUAUAUUGUGCAAAUAACUUAAUAACUCAAGCACAAAACAAUAAAGCUAAUCCUCUUCAUUGUAAAUUUUGCGGAAAGAAAACAAACCACUUUGAAAAAAAUAUUAAGGUGUUUAAUCAAUUCGAUGUGAGACAUUUGAAAGGUUUAAUUACGUUGUUAUAAGUUAUCAUUGAAUGCAACUUUUAUAGUUUUCGUAAGUAUGUAAUUAGUAUUAAUUUCAAUUUCACUAUUCAACAUAUUAUAUUUAAUAAUUAAUUUAUAUAAAUUAGUAGAUUUAAUAUUAAUUCUGUCACUUUU